GCCCCCGGGUUGGACAGCGCGGACAUUCCGCCGGCGCUCCGGGCCCGUUGGUUGGCUGCGGCGCCCCUUCCCGCCCAAUGAGCGCGCGCGUCGCCCCGGCGGAGAGGCGAGAGGCGCGCGCAGCCGUUAGCUGGCUCUUCUUUUCGGCGAGCGCUUCGCCGCGGCGCGGACGGCUCUCGCUCUUGCCGCCGUUUCCCGGAGAUAAUGGCGCCCCUCGGGAGCUGACGUUCGUGGUUCCUCUCUUCCCCCUUCUCUGUCCUCCUCCUCCUCCUCCUCCUCUAGCUUCGGAAGGGACCGACUGUGAGGGAAGCCGACGCCGCCGACGCCUCCGGGCCUCGCGCGCAGCAGCAGCAUCACCAGCAUGAAAGUCAUCGUCGGCAUUGGCGGGUGAGGGGGAUUUUGGCGCGUGGGACGCGGGCGCGAGCGAGGAAGGCGCGCGCGGGAGCCGAGCGGGCGGGCGGGGGGGGGGCGCGGGGGCGCAUGGCUCUGGACCGCCAUAUAUUUGCCAUGCUGCUGCUGCUGCUCUUUUUAUUUUAUUUUCACUUGCUUUUAUUUUUUAUUUUAUUACAAUUAUCACUUUAUUAUAAUUAUUACUGUUAUUAUCAAGCGGAGACAGGACUCAUGGCUUUGGACCGACAUAUAUUCGCCAUGCUGCUGCUACAGCUGCUGCUCAUUUUAUUUUAUAUUCACUUGCUCUUAUUUUUAUUAUAAUUAUUACUUUAUUGUAAUUAUUAGUAUCAAGCGGGGACGGGGGCUCAUGGCUUUGGACCGACAUAUAUUCGCCAUGCUGCUGCUGCUCUAUUUUAUUUUCACUUGCUUUUAUUUUUAAUUUUAUUAUAAUUAUUACUAUUACUGUCAAGCGGGGACGGGGGCUCAUGGCUUUGGACCGACAUAUAUUCGCCAUGCUGCUGCUGCUAUUUUAUUUUCACAUGCUUUUAUUUUUAUUAUAAUUAUUACUUUAUUAUAAUUAUUACUAUUACUAUCAAGUGGGGACGGGGGCUCAUGGCUUUGGACCGACAUAUAUUCGCUAUGCUGCUGCUGCUGCUAUUUUAAUUUUUUUCAUUUGUUUUUGUUUUAUUAUAAUUAUUACUUUGUUAUAAUUAUUACUGUUUUUAUCAAGAGGGGACAGGGGCGCAUAGCUUUGGAUCGACAUAUAUUCGCCAUGCUGCUUCUAUUAUUAUUAUUAUUAAUUAUCUCCUCUAUUCAGAUGGCUUGUUUCUCCCAGAGCGGUUCAGUUUUGAACGUUUGUUUCUAGGGGAUUGGGGAGAGAAAGAAGAGGGGGCUGAAUUUUUAUUUUUUAACUUAUUCAAUGCUUGCUCUCGUUUGUAUUAUGAUUGACCCCAACAAAUAAAUUUCGUUUACAUAACUGGCUGAUUUAAAAACAAGCAGCAGCAAUGGGUUACAUAAAAUAAUAUAAAAUGUUAUAAUAGUGAAACACUUUUUUUGAAAACUAAGGCGGCCUUUAAAACAGAUUUUCGGGGUGGGGCUUGCGAUGCCAUCAGGUUGGCAGAAAAGGCGCGCCAAGGGCAAAAGGGGAAGGUGGAGAGAUGGGAGGGAAAGAGCCAGAACAAAGUGGCGAAUUGCACAGGCGCUUAUUUGGAGAAUCCAGGCUAGGCUUCCCUCCCUGUUGUUUUUUUAUUAUUAUUAUUUGAGUAGCAGUUGGCUUAGAGGGCACCUUCCCCCUCCAGGCCUCCACAGUUGCAGGGCAAGUGGAGCUGAGCAUUGUUUCCGGUAGGAGAAGUGAUGCGGGGGAACCGAGAGAGGAGCUGAGUCCGCUGCAGUUGUUGUGGCUGCUGCUUGUGCUGGAUGAAUGCCCCCCCCCCCCAUGGUUUUCUAGCCGCACACACCCUCCUCCAGGGAUGGCCUUCUGCCCAUGUGCAAGAUCUGGCAGCCGCUGCAGCAGGAGGCUUGCUUCCACAUGCUUCGUUUCCAUUCUGUGCCGCAGCAGCUGUUGAGGUUAUGGUGUAGGAUGUUAAAAGUGUGAGGCGGGGCUGGUUGCUGGCCUCAUGGAACUGUUUCAUUUUCUCUCUUUUUUUGAAAAAAAUAAUUUUAUACUUUUUUAUUCUUUUUAUUUUCACAAAUUAAUAAUCAUAAAAAAGAAUAAAAAUGUGCACCCCACCACUAAGACCAUUCCAUUUUAACUAUACAAACUCCCAAAAUUUCAACACCUCUUGCAAUGGCUUGACCCCUUUCCGUUUUAACAGUACAAAUUCUACAAACACCCUCCAUAUCUCCUCAGAAUAAUUUCAACAUCUCUUGCGAUGGCUUGACCCCUUUCCAUUUUAACAAAUGGAAAUUCUACAAACACACUCCAUAUCUCCUCAGAAUAAUUUCUCCUGCAUAUCUCCCCAUCUUACCUUAAUGGCUCAUAUUAAUUUAUCAUUAAUAGCUAUAUCCCACACUUCUUUGUAUCAUUCUUUUUAUAUUCUGCUUCCCCCUUUCACUUCCUCGCUAUAAUAAUUCGUGCAGCUGUCAAUAAAUUUGUGAGCAAGUCCUUCCUAGCCUGCGAACCUUCCACCCCAUCGUAAAUUGAUAAUAAUGCUACCUCUGGGCUUUCAGUCAGCUUUAACCCAGUGAUUUCUGUUAUUUGAUUUUUAUGGGGAUCUUGAAUCAUAGAAUCAUUGAGUUGGAAGAGACCACAAGGGCCAUCGAGUCCAACCCCCUGCCAAGCGGGAAACACCAUCAGAGCACUCCUGACAUAUGGUUGUCAAGCCUCUGCUUGCAUUGUAUGGUAUUGAUUGUUUAAUAAACGUGUGCGUUAAAACUAGUUGGGUGGUCAGAAGCUAGAUUCUGUGUCUGGUUGGGGAGGCUGCUUAAGAACCCAUGCUGAUGAUGACGACGACAGCACAGCUUUUUAAAAAUUACCGUAUUUUUUGCACCAUAGGGCGCACCAGACCAUAGGGCACACCCAGUUUUUAGGGGGGGAAAUCAAGAAAAAAAAUAUCCCCCCCCAGCCCCAAAGAGCAGCGUACAGGCUGCGCACAACCUCUCCCUGCCGGAGGGGUUGAGCGGGGCUAUGGCACAAGCCAAGGCAGCAAGCAGGAUGGAUCCCGCUCGCUGUUUUGGCUUCCUCUUUAGCCCCGUGCAGCCUCUCCUUGCCAGGAGACGCUGCCCAGGGCUAAAGAAUCCAUAGCCCCGUGCAGCCUCUCCUUGCCGGAGGGGUUGUGCGCAGCUAUGGAGGAAGCCAAGGCAGCGAGCGGGAUGGAUCCCGCUCGCUGUUUUGGCUUCCCCUUUAGCCCCGUGCAACCUCUCCUUGCCAGGAGACGCUGCGCAGGGCUUUCCUGGCUUUACUGGGAGGUGGGGGGAUUCCCUCACCUCUCCCAAAAGCCCGCAGAAGCCGCACAACCCCUUUAAAGAGAUUGCGGCUUCUCCUGGCUUUCCUGGGAAGUGGGGGAAUUCCCCCACCUCCCGCAAAACCGGCAGAAGCCGCGCGCACUUUAAAAGGGCUGCAUGGCUUCUCCUGGCUUUUCUGGGAGGUGGGAGAAGGGACUGAUGCGGCCAGUCAGUCCCUUCUCCCUCCUGUGGAAAAGCCCGCAAGAGCGCACAGAGCUUGUGUGCGGUUCUUGGGGGCUUUUCCCGCCUGCCUCCCCCCUGCAUUCGCUCCAUAGGACGCACACACAUUUUCCCUUGCUUUUUAGGAGGGAAAAAGUGCAUCCUAUGGUGCGAAAAAUACGGUAUAUUUUUAUCUUGCCCUUUCUUUCUUCAAGGAAAGGGCUUAAGACAGCUUCGCAGAAGAUUAAGUUAACAGUGGCUCCUAUGCCUGCUACCCCCAGGAACAGAAGCAGCAUAGCACUGAAUACCAGUUUUGGGAGAACAACAGUGGGAGAGGACUAUUGUCCUUAUGUCCUGCUUGUGGGCUACCCAUAGGUAUCUGGUUGGCCACUGUGGGAGACUGGAUGCUGGCCUAGAUGGGACUGUGAUUUGCGCCAUCAGAACUCUUGAGUGCCGAAUGGUGCAUGUGGUUCUCCCCAUGCACAAACGUGGUUCUACUUUGCAUUGACAACUCUGUGAGCUAGGCUGAAAGGGUGUGAUAGUUAUCCUAUGAACUUUACGGCUGGUUGGGCUGCCCUAAAACCUUUAACUAGUACUUUACUUUGGCUUGUCUAUGAAUAAAAGCAGUGAUAAAACAAGGACUUAAUGCAUCUGACUAAGCAGAUGUGUGUCUCCAAAGCUACAAUAAAUGGUGCCUUGCUGUUUAGCUGCAGUAAGCUGACAUGGCUACGCCUUUGAGUCUUAAGUUUUUGUUCUUACUGGGGAUGUUUUAAAAUGGUAGACACUGUGUGUGUGUGUGUGUGUGUGUGUGAGAGAGAGAGAGAGAGAGAGAGGGAGAGGGAGAGGGAAGGGAAGCUUAUGGGUGGUAGUCAGGACAUAGUUUGCAGCCACUAUAAGCAGAAUCAGGAAGUACAGCUGUCUUUUCUAGCAGCUGGUUUCAUAUUUCCCCUUCUUUACCUCUUUGGUUCACUCAUCUCCUAGUAACGUUUUCCCACACAGAGAUGUUUCUUGCUUCCCACAGAUGUGUUUGGAGUCUGCAUGUUUUCUAAUUUAAUUCACACCUUUCAUCUUCCAUUCUUCCUCCCACAUUCUUAUUUCAGGAUCACCAAUGGUGGGAAGACCACCCUGACCAACAAACUUAUGCAGGCACUCCCUAAUUGCAGUGUUGUGCACCAAGACGACUUCUUUAAGGUGAGGCAGAAUUCUGUUUGUAUACCCUUUUACGAUCCCCACUUUCCUUGCAUCACCUCCUACCACAUCCUGUUUUGAAUACAAGAAAUCCUGCAACCUGCAUCUGUUGUAAGUAGACUACUUAUUAUAGACUUGCUGUCUGUAAGGGGUACUUCACUUGACCCUUUCUAUAUAAGGUGGCUUUGGGAAAUGGGUUGAAUUCUUAAGAUGAGGGUUGUACUGUGUGGCAGUGCUAGGGCCAUCAGCACCCAGUGUUCUGAAUGCCGAGUCCAAAAUACAUCCUAUUUCUGUCUGAGAUGUCUGUGGAAGGAGCGAUGGCUGGAAUCUCCCAUACAGUCCCACAACAGUAAUAGAAUGCUGCAGAGUUUCUGCUGCAGCAAGUAAACCACAAAGGAUGUUUUAGUAUCUAAUAUCCAUAAUUGUGUAUUUCUGUCAAUACAGUGGAACCUCGGGUUGCGAACAUGAUCCAUGUGGGAGGCACAUUCGCAACCCACAGCGCCGAAUCUGCGCAUGUGCGGGUUGCGAUUCAGCGCUUAUGCACAAUUUAGUGGUUCUGCGCGAACGCCGAAACCCGGAAGUAACCCGUUCCUGUACUUUGGAUUUGACGCGGUGCGCAACCCGAAAUCACGUAACCUGAAGCACCUGUAACCCGAGGUACCACUGUAUCUACAUGAGAAAUAAUUGAGAAAUUUCUGUUGUGCCGUUACCUGUGCACAAACACAACUGAACUUCCACAUAACAUGGGCAGAACUGCUGUUGUGACCUUCUAGGGCAGCCAUCUGACUACCUCUGUGUGUGCUGAAUAAUGGCCACUGUAUGCAGAAGUUAAUACUAGUUGAUCAUAUGUUGUCCAGUAAGCUGUUAAAACAGCGUUAUUUAUUUAAAGUACUUUUAACUCUACUUCUUAGUCAAGAAGGCUCCCAAAGUGGCUUAACGAAAUCAAGUAGUAAGACGGUCCCUGCCCCACCAGCUUCAAUCUAAAAUAGGUGACUCACAAAGAAAAAAGAAUGAUGUAAAAAGGCACCAGUUAUUAACCUUAUGACUCAUUUGUGUAAGUAAUGCCUAUUGAAGUUGCUCAUCUCUUAUAAAAGUGGUAUUUCCCCCUUUUGUCCCACAGCCAUAGUAAUGUUUUGAAGGGCAGGGAAGGGAGGUCAUCUUGCAAAUGCUAGAAUACAAAUAGUCCUGCUAAAAUGGAUUUUUGUACUGGCCACACCUUGGUGAGGCAGAUUUCUAGCUGUUAUAACUGAGGAGAGUUUUGCAGAUGUGUUAGAAAAUAACCUGCUAUUUGCAGAGGUUAGUGAGUGGGGCUUCGGUGAUGAGUAUAGCUUGUUUUUCUCACGACUAACAUGAUAAAAUAUGCAGAAACAUGUUGGUUUUCUGGUGUUACCGUACCUAAUUGCAAAUGUUGGCUGCUUUUAGCACAGAAUGUUCACCUUGGUGCUGAAUUCUUAAUUUUACAAUAAGACUAGAUAGCAUCAGCAACAGAUCCAUACAUUUAAAAUGGAGGACAAGGUAUUCACUUCUAACAGCUGAAUGGGAUGGUGAGUGAGGGCCCUGUGUCCAUUGUUUACUUCCCCAUAGCCUUUCUUAAUCCUACAGCUUAGCUCAUGUCUAGUAUUGGAACUUAGCUGAGAAGCACACACCUGGAGGGAGAGAUGGAGGGCUGGCACACCACCUCUUUUUGCUGUAAAAAUUAGAUACUCUAAAUAUUAAGAGAAAUUUGGUUUCAAAUAUGCAGGUCUCCUAUAGUUGUAUCUAAUUACCUCUACUUUAAACAGAUGUAAUAUUGGACAUAUUUAGCCCACCUAGUCCAUUUCCCUCACACUGUGUGCAAAUUCCUCCCCUUCUUUCUCUUUUCCCUGCCUCCGGCAUUGACCAUUCAGUUGGUAACUUUGAUCCCAGGAGUAUAGAAUCAUCCCACUCUUAGUGAAACUGCUCCAUAUCCAGCAACAUUUGUUUUCUCCAACUUGCUAACCUAAUGGGGUUUCAUACUGUUCCUACCUCGUGUUUUAAGCCUUCUUUGUCCUCUUGGCCUUGUUUUUGUUUUGACAUAUCAAUUUACUUUGGGAGGAGGGUUGAUGCCUGUGAGUUGUUCUGCAGUCAGUCGAUAAGACCUCUAGUGUGGCCUCUGGAUGACAUUUCUGUUUUUGAAAGUAGGUUAGGUGUGCUUGUGGUAGUGAUUAGAUAAAGGGUGAAGUGUCUUGUUUCUGCCUUGUAGAUCUGCACUACUUAAAUUUAUUGAAGGUGCAGCUGUAAUACAUUUUUAAGGGCAGUGAAUUACCAGAAAUCAGUUUCAACGGGCUCUUUUACCCAUCAUGCUCUUCUUAAAAUGGAUGUUGAAUUUGUCAGCAGUUCUGUAGACAGUUCUUAUUCUGUUUCAGCCCCAGGAUGAGAUAAAGGUUGAAGAUGGAUUUAAACAGUAUGAUGGUAAGUUCUGUUUAUAUCCAUGCAAUUACUAAAAAUAAAAAUUCUAGUCCUAGAACUGAACAAUAGGGCAUGAGUUGGUAGAGUCCCUUGGAAUUCAUAACUUUAAUAACAUGUGUUUUUCUUGAAUCUAAUGAAUUUACUGCUUUUUUUGUCUUAGUUAUUAGUGCUUUGGACAUGGAUGCCAUGAUGAGUACCAUCAACGCUUGGAAGAAAAACCCAAUUAAGUUUGAACGAUCUCAUGGCAUUAACACACUUGAUACUAGAGCAAUAGAGGAUUCAGAGGAGAAUGAUACCAUCCAUAUUCUUAUCGUGGAAGGAUUCUUGCUUUAUACUUACAGGUAACUGAAGCACACAGUUAAUGAGCUCUAACUAGGUGAUUACUUUAUAGAGUCAUGACAUUUUAAUGAUCCCUUCUGUUUGUAAGUAAAACUUAAUAUUCCUAAAGCUGUUCCAGCCAUCUGUAUCUAAUCACAUAACUGCUAGCAGCUGCUUGGCAGGUCUUUGAUAAUGAAAUGAGUGUUGUGUGAUUAUUUUUGAUUGUAUGAGCACAUAACAGCAGACUGUGAUAACAUAACCAUUACUUGUUCUGGUGCAUGAUAGAUAAUUGCUGUUCUGAUGGGCAGUUCUUUCAAAAUGUCAUUACCUUUUGGUGGGGCUGACCAGGGCAGAAUAGCAGAAAUGAAGGACUAGGUUGGCAUAUUUUCAAUGAGGAAACUCAAAUCUUAGCAAGCAUUUUUAAAAUUUAUAUUCCUGGUUGCAGCUUGAAUAUGAGCCAGCCCUAUAGUAAGGGACUUGGACUUCCAAACAGCUUUGGAUCAUCUCCCUCACCAAAAUCUCCUGAGUGAACUUAAUGAUCAUGGGUUAGAAUUACCAGUUCUUUUAUUGGGUCAUUUGAGUUCAAGAGCAGAAAACAGCAAGAACAGAGAGUUACGUUGUGCUGUCUGCCAAGGAUACGUAUUGGGACUAGUACUAUUUAAUCUAUUCUUAACUAUCCGGGUGAGCUGUGAAAUAGUUAGAAAUGUGAAUGUGACACCAAAAUGUCUGAGAUGGUGAAAAUCCAAGCUGAUUACAGAGAACUCUAAAGCAGGUCUCUUCCACCUUUUUCAGACCCAGACCCACUUUUAACCCAAACAUGCAUUUGGGGCCCCAUUUCUUAAUUUUUUAAGUCAUAUAUUGUACAGUUGUACCUUGGAUCCUGAACACCUUGCAUGUCUAACAUUUUGGCUCCCAAAAGCCGCCAGCCCGGAAGUGAGUGUUCCAGUUUGCGAACGUUCUUUGGAAACCGAACGUUUGACGUGGCUUCUGAUUGGCUGCAGGAGCUUCCUGCAGCCAAUUGGAAGCUGCGCCUUGGUUUCCGAACGUUUUGGAAGUCGAAUGGACCCACCAAUUGAAGUCCAGUUCUCUCAAGGACUUGUUCAAGUUUAGUGAACAGGCAACAAAAUGGCAAAUGGGUUUCAAUGGUAAUAAAUGUAAAAUGAUUCACAUUGUGGCAGUGACAUUCACAGGCAUGCUGCAAGGAUAUGAACUGGCACUGACUCUUCAGGAAAGAUGUUUUGUUAUAGUGUGUAGUAAUAUCAAAUCAUCAAGCCUCUUUGUGGCAGCCUUGAAAAUAAAGGUCCAUGCUAGGAAUUGAAAGUAAAAUGACACAUUGUUGCCCUGAUGGAAAUUUAAUGUGACCACAUUCAGAGUACAGGUAAUUUGCAACUUACAAGGGUUUAACUUGUGAGCAUUCAGCUUUAUGCACUUGGCAGUUUAAAAAAUAAUUAGAAGAGGAGGCAGGUAUAUGGGGAAACCCCUGGCAAUCCUACCUGCCGUUGAUCCUAGCGAGUUUUGACUAUAUGCACUGUUGGGUAUAGGUGCUAUCCUCUGAACAUAAACCCCCCGGGGUAAGUUGAGAGUCACUGUAUUGUGUAUACUUCUCGUUGCUCAGUCUUUAAUAAAAGUAUGAUAGAGCUGUAAAGGGGUAGCAAAGGGAAAUAUAAAAUAUCAAAGGGUUGAAAGACCAAGCAUGUGGGCUUUUCAGUUUAUAACAACCAGUGCAGGAGAGGGCAUGACAUAUUAUUCAUGGUUAUGGAUUUCACAUAAUGAAUUUGAUGAGCAGACCAUUCGGGACAGAAAAGGAAAUAUUCUUUCAAAGGAGCUUAAUGUAUUACAUUCACUGCUGCAGAACAUGGUUGCAGCUUAAAUGGCUCUAAUGGGGGAUUAGACAAUUCAUGGGGAAUACGCCUGUCAAUAGUUCUUGGCUAUGAGCCACAUAAGAGGCAGUGUCCUGGUUGCUGGAUGUAACUAUUGUGUUGAUGCCCAUUGUUGGAUAAAGGACGCUAGACCAUUUGGUAUUAUUCAUGAGGGGUUUUCCUUUGUUUUGUUGUAUUAAAAAAAACACCCAGGUCACCUUUUCUUUUCUUUUUAGGCCCUUGAUUGAUGUAUUUGACUACCGGUAUUUUCUUUCUAUUCCCUAUGAAGAAUGCAAGAGGAGGAGAAGGUAAGCCAAACACACAUACCCUACAAAAAGCACAAGUUGUUUGAUAAUCUGAAAAGUCAUGUUGAGGUGACCGAAUAAGUAAAUGGGGUUUGCAUGAGCAAAGGACUCCUAAUUUGCUCGAUAGUAAUCACAUUCAAGCUGAAACAUAUGGUGUGUUUUUCUCCCUCCUCCCCAAAUAUUUAGUUCAAGGAAUUACACUGUACCUGAUCCACCGGGUUUGUUUGACGGUCACGUCUGGCCCAUGUAUGUCAAGCAUAAGAUGCUAAUGGAAGACCUUAAUGUUGAUGUGGGUAAGUUUAAAUUGGGACAUGGGGUCAGUUUUAAAGAUGAUUGUAUUCUGUGAGGUAGGUAAGUUUAUUUUAAGAUUUUAUAAGGCAAUGUUCCCACAGUGAUUUUACCGGUGUGAAAUAUUAGUGUUAUUGAAAUGAUUGAUUUGCUUAAGCUGCAAUUGUUGCUCAUUAAAUAACUCUUCAUAAUGAAUUGACCUUCAGUAUAUGACUGUUUGAGUAGGGCAGUGUUGAAUUGAUAACAUCUGUGUAUCUGCCCAUUCUUCACUUCAAAGUAGUCCUUUUCUAGCAGCCCAGAUUGUCUCCUUUACACAGCUUCAAAUGGCUGGGGCUGCAAAGGAUGCUUCCAUGCCAUAUGGAGACUAAACGUUCUUCCCCAAGAUUCAGAACAAGUUUUCAAAUUGAAAAUGGGUAGGAUAUAGUGUACUCAAAGCUCACAAAUCUGUCUUUGGGCUAGGACACUUUUGGCCCUCCAGAUGUUGCUAAACUACUACUCCCAUAUCCCUUGCUGGGGCUGAAGAGAGUUACAGUUCAGCAAUAUCUGGAGGGCUAAAAGGGUAGGUGGUUUGGAUGGGCUUGCUUAGUUGUCUGGGGACCAUUUUACUCAACUGCAGGCACAUAACUUUACAGUAAUCUGUAAUCAGUAUUCUAGCUCAGAGGUUUUCAACCCUUUGGGGUCCACGGCUCCCUUGAUCAACAACCGUAUUUUUUGCUCUAUAAGAUUCACUUUUUCCCUCCUAAAAAGUAAGGGGAAAUGUGUGUACGUCUUAUGGAGCGAAUGCAGGCUGCGCAGCUAUCCCAGAAGCCAGAAAAGCAAGAGGGAUUGCUGCUUUCACUGCACAGCGAUCCUUCUUGCUGUUCUGGCUUCUGAGAUUCAGAAUAUUUUUUUUCUUGUUUUCCUCCUCCAAAAACUACGUGCGUCUUGUGGUCAAACCGAAAAAUACGGUACAUUCUUUCUGUUGCACCCCUGUGGGGCUCAGGAGCCCAGUUAUGUCACCCCUUGCCUGCAGAGCUGGCAGUCCCUCACCCCUCCUUUGUGGCGGGUUCCCUCAGCCUCCUCUCUUCUCCCCUCUCAUUGGGAGUCCUCUGGGCAGCUGCUGCCCCUGAUCUCUGAGUUGCCCACCUUGCCCCAAAGAGAGGUGCCUCCUCAUACUGCCCCACAUGUGCCUGGGAAGCAACCCUUGGCCAUCCCCAGAGGCAGCAUUUGCUUAGGGAGCUCAGCAAACAGCUGUGCAAGCCUUUGGGAGGCAGAGAUGUGUUGAGGGCAUCAGAGGAGGGAAGGAAAGAGAGGCAGAGGCCAGGGUUGCCCAUGGCAACCCAACCAUCAUUCAAGGCACCACAGAGUGCCACGGCACACUGGCUGAAAACACUGUCCUAGCUUGUUAACAAACUGUACUUUGAACUCUCCUUUAUUUCCUGUUUGCUGAAUUGCCAUGGUUUGUCGCUAGGAUCAGAAACAUUGUAACAACAAACCAGUAUUUUGUUACAUCUGAAUCAGGCCUGUAAAUGGUCUGAAAACUUUGAAUAAUCCAGUAUAUAUUCGUGAAAAUGAAAUGGCAUUUCUUCAGGAAGAUCUUUGUGAAUCUUAAACAUCUGCUUUCCUCCUCCCCCUAACUCUUGUUGGCCAGAUUUAAAAAUGCAUUACAUAUGCAGAUCUGUGUGCCUGGCAUACACAGAAAUAGCAAUACUUAAAAUAACUGGCUUAUUUCAGCUUGCUUGCUUCCUUCUUCAAAUGGUGGUGUUUUAUAUUUCAGUUCAGUUGGAUGGAAGAAAAUCAAGAGAGGAGCUCUUUAAUGAAGUCUAUGAACACAUUCAGAACAGCUUAGAAGAACUGCUGGUAGGAAUUGUUCUUAAGUAGGGGGGCAAAAUGAGUUGCAGAUUGUUCCAUGUAAGAUGAUUAACUCUCAUUACAGUUCCAAAAAAGUACAUCUGUGUGCAUGUGCAUCAAUGUUCUGUCUUUUAAUUUGGGCUACCCGCUAGGGUUGCUAACAGGUACUUGAUGGUGAGAAAUCUCUCAAAUAUUGAUUUUGUUUUCAGAUGAUUGCAACUAUAUAAGGGCUACAUCCCAUGUCAUACAGCUGUUAUAAGCAUAUAAUUACCUCUACUGUAUUGGAAAAUGUGUUUAUGUAGAGUAUGUGCAGCAGUCACUCCCUUAAUGUUUCUUUUCUUUUCUUUUUUUUUAGAGAUAGACAAGUGGUUGGAGGAUUCUUUUGAUGUAGAAGACACUUGUUCAGUAACUUAUUUUUUUCUCUCCUACAUAUGCCUGGCUUGGCAGUAAAGUUCCAACUUCUAUGAAGAUUUUUUUCCCUUUGCUGUUAAUAAAUACAUUUUUCUUGCUGACAUACGUCUCUAAAAUGUGGCCUUGAUUAAAAAGCAUUUACCACCUUCAAAGCUU